UCCUCCUCAUCCCGGCGUCACUCACGACCCCUCACGACCCCGACGAACAUCGCCACAGAUAACGCGAACAUCCUUGUGGGGGCGAGGGGGAGUGGUCGAUUAUCAACGAUUAUUCACAACUAAUCGGGUAACGCCGGGACAUCGUUAUAUCAGCUGGGUUAUCCAAUUAUUCAAGUACUGUAAACGAUUACUCCACCAAUUACUAGAUUGAUUUACUUGAUCAAGUUUCGACACACUUACCUGAUGAUCAUGAUGAGCGUAGCAGAUUAAUCUGACGAUUGUCGAUUCGAUCGCUCGACUUUAUCGGCAAACGCGAACAUAGCUGAGGGAAAGGUCUCGAGCUGAGUUUAUCCGAUUAUUCGAGAAUUCUAAUGGAUGAAUUUACAAACCAUCGGAUUCGUCACUGGUGGGACCUUAGAGCUGGGAUAUUGCGAUUAUUUAAGUGACCGAUUGUGGCCAUUCUCUCUAAAUAUGCAUUAAGUUUCCCUUGGUUAAUUCAGCAGACAUCGUCAGUAAUAAGUGAAUGGGGAACGCAGAGAGGAGCCGUGGCUCACGUCACGUUAGAUUUGCACUCGGGUUCAUCGUCGCCAUCACCACCUGCCAUGAUAAAUCCACGACUGGACGAAGCCAGUGAUUGCAGGUGAACCGAUGUCAUCGCUCCAUCGUCCAUCGACUGUCAAAUCAUAAUUAUUAUUAUUAUUGCAUUGAUCAUCGCACAUUCCAUGACCCGCCUCAUGGCCACACGGCGCGACCUGCCCAAGCUUCCUCUGCGCUGCUGCUCAGUUUGAAUUGUCCUCAGCUUGCGUCUGUGUUUCAACCAAUGUGCUCCUCUGUCUCUUCUGAAACGUGACAACCAACAGCGAGGCAUGGGACAUGUGCAGGCUUCGCGUUUCGUCAUAUGAGUUUAAAUGACGUACUUCCACUUUCGAGGACAUUUCACUUAAGUUGCAAUGAUUUACAAUCACAAUUAAUACACAGUUACGCGAAGGGAGGAGACGAAUUAUUUCUUGAUAUUACAGUUUUUAAGAAGCAUAUACUCUGCACAACCGCGCGGAUGGUGAGGAGAAAGUCUAUGAAUAAAUAAUAGGGAGGCGGAGCAGAAUAAAUUAGAGAGGAGGAGCUGAAUAAAUUAGAGGGGAGGAGCUGAAUAAAUUAGAGAGGAGGAGGAGCUGCGGUAACUGGGGAGGGGGAGGAGCUUCGGGCGGCGACGCGGGGCUCCUCCCACUGUUUUUGAACUCGGCGGGGCCAUUGGGCGCGAAAGAAACACGAAGUCGGUCGAGUCCUCAGUGGCUCGCACAGUGGUCCACCCGUCCUCCCCGUGUCUCCCUGUGUCUCCCUGUGUGUUGCGCUGUGCGAGAGAGAGAGGGGGGGGGAUAGGCUGAGCGGCCACCGUCCGUGGCCUGGUUGAGGAGGCGCGAAGGGAAAGAGGCAGCGCGGUUGGGAUGAAGGGCCUCGCCUCGGCCUGCAGGACCGUGCAGAAGCGCAGGAAGCCGCAUCUCAAGCUCGCCAAGGGCGCCGAGUUAAUGGUGAGCGAGGGCCGGUGGAGGAAGCUCCGGAGCAGGGGUCGGUCGCCUACAGCCCGCCGGCCGGAUAAGCUCCGCGACUUCACUGUAUACGGGUGGCCCAGCGGUCGGAUGGCCCUGGACUGCAUGUUGAUGCUCAAGUCGCUGGCCCAGGAGGCGCAUGCGGCGGCCGUGGAGGCGAAGAGCUCCACCAUCACAGAGGAGCACAUUGCUGCCGUGUGGAAGACGGUAAAGAAGAAAACCCACGGCUGAACUGGAUGUGACGUCUGCCCCAGGCAGGACUAACGAGACUAUGGAUCCGAUUAGAUCAACCCCUAACCCCAAACUCCAUUCAGCUUGACUCACGUGUAGAAUUUCCACCUGUCCUGGUUUCCUCAGAUCUUUUUUAGGUGGCUGUCUUGGGAAACAUAUCUUCCUCGGGUGUGAAAAUUCCCAGUUUGUCAGUUGCUUGCUUGUACCCCACCAUUCAAGACAAUCCAUUUAGAUGUGGUUCUCCCCUCCACUGUUGUGAUGCUUCAUUUGUCCUCGUUUUUUGUAUGAGGUGGCAACCCUUACCUGCCAUUCUGCAAGUAGUAAGGCUCAGGUUUUUAUUGUCAAACUACAAAGCUCUUUAAGUUCUCUGAAAACUGGGGCAGUGGUGGGAUUCAUGCUGAGGUUACAAUACUGAUUAAAAAGUCAGUGUUAUGUUUUGGACAGGUUGGGUCUUAAGAGGUGGUAUUAAGAAGCCAAACCGUGAUUUUAAGUAGCUGUUGCUGUGUUCAUAUUACGUUUGUGUUGAGCAUUGAUAUUAAACUUUAUCUACAUUGUU